UCAGUCUGGUCGCGGAUUUCCACUCGAACGGAACACACUUUCGGGAACGGAACGGAGAGCAACCCUUUUUUUGUGGCGCGAUGGCAAUUUGUUACUUUAAUAGCGGAAGUGGGCCAGUUCAAGUGCGACAACGGCCGAGGGGGUCUUCCUGUCGCUUCCUCUGUCGCCGUCAGUAGGUUUAGUGAAAGUGAAAGGUGUGUGCCAUAGUCGUCAUCGUCGGUUCGUUGAUAGGUCCUAGGGGCCCUGAAGAACAGCCGGAUAGACGGAAGUGGCGACGAAUGUGUUUUAGGCGGCGAUGGAUAACGGCUGAAUCGGUGGUGGGUGUAAUUCAGUUUGGAAAGAUAAUUUAUAUUGAAUGGUAUUAGCUGGAAUUACGACGAGUGCCGGUGUUGCUUCUGACAAGUGGUUCAUCGUUUUUGUUUCUUGUGGUAUGUACAAGUGAAGUUUAUGAGGGCGGCUGUUUUGGAAUUGGUGGAAAAGGUGAGCUCGUUUGAUACGACGAUAUCGAUUUGUGGUUUUGAAAAGGGAAAUGAUAAUUUUUGAAUAAACGACAGAAAAAGCAAGGAGGCUAAAUGUGAUUACUUAUACAUCUAGUAGGCCGUACACAUUCAAGUGAAGAACGCUUGGAAGCAUCGAUUUUGAUUUGGCAGUGAAGGUGCGAUUUAAGUGAGAUGGCGUUGUUUGGAGGAAUUGGAAUCGAAGGAAUGUGCUCACCGCCGACUGUGAAUAAGUGCUGAAAUGCGUACGAGAAGUUUCCAAAGUGAAUUGCAAAUCAAAGCAUGCUUUGAUGAGUGUGCGAAUCGUGAAAGUGUAAAUAAAGUGUAAAUCACAGCAACCGUUAUUAGCUUAUACACGCACACAUCCACAAGCCACCAUGAAGUCCAAGGAGACCGCGCCGGAUGCGAUUCCGAUGAUCGCCCAAAUGAUUCUAGGCAGUUUUGAGGCACACAACGGUUCGGCCAAUGUGGACUACAGUAGUCCAGUGUUAAAACCGGUAGUGGCACGAAUCUAUCCCGUUUUCAUACUGCUGUACUUCAUUCCGGCCGCUUUGGGCAUAGCCAGUAAUGUGCUGGUGGUGAUGUACAUCAGCCGGUACAAACUGUACCGGGAGGCAACGCAGGCCUUUAUGGUCAAUCUGGCCGUGUGUCAUAUUGUGCAGUGCGCGUUCGUGCUUCCGAUCACGCUGAUGGUGAUGCUGAUCCAGAACUGGAUCUUCGGGCAGUUCCUGUGCUUCUUUCUGCCGCUGCUGCAGGACAUACCGCUGCACGUCGCCAUGAUUUCCCAUCUGUUGAUUGCGUGGGACCGGAAGCGCUGGCUGACGGAUCCACUCAAGGCCCGGCUGCCGGCGUUCGUGUGCAGCUGUGCCUCCUGGCUGGCCGGAAUGGUGAUUGCGCUUCCGUAUCCGAUCUACACCACCUAUCUGGAUCUGGGGAAAUACAUGCCCGAGUUCGAAGGCGUGGGGCUUUGUGCCCUAAAUCUGAUCGACGAUAUGCAGGAGUACAUGCGGGGAUUAUUCCUCAUUAUGUACUGUGGCCCCAUGACGCUGCUCGGGUAUCUCUACAUAAGGACGUCUCGGGAACUGCGGCCACCCGAUGGGCCCCUCUCGAUUAUGAUGUUCGAAGCGAGGGCCGAGGCCAGGAGCAAGCAACUACGGGCCAGUCGACACGGAACGAGAAGUGGUUCAACUGGCGGCAGCGCUGGAGCAUCCGGAGCGGAUUUGAGUGCCGGGUCACGGACUUACGAUUUGUACGAUGCCGAGGUGGACGUGAGCCGGGAAAAGCGAACGCAGCGACACCUGGGAGCGAUGGCCUCGACGCAGAUUUUGUGCGUCUGUCCGCUGAUGAUUUUGAGGUUGGCCCGCAUGGCACUGGAGGAAACGUACGAAAAUGAGGCCCAUUUUGACAUAACCUAUCUGAUGUUCGUGUGGAUGGCAUUCCUGCCGACGGUCAUUGUGCCCUGGAUCUACGCCAACUGGGUGCUGUCGAGGCCUGCUAAGGAGCGCCUUCGGGGCUGCCUCCGGUUAUCCUCCCGCCGCAACACCGGAACCAAGUCCGAACAAUCCCUGGACGACAACAGUUCCCCACCCGGCGUGAAAACCCCCCUCUCCACGCAGAUGUCCACGGUAAGCCAUCCAACGGAGUCGGCUCCACCCACCCUGGAAGCCCCCCCAUCUGUCCACGCUCCCUCGCAUCCACGCAACAAGUCCCUACCCUCGAUUGACCGUUGCAAGUCACCCGCCGGGGUAAGCACCAAGACCCAGCAAUCCACACUGGAGAGCACCAUCGCUGAGAGUGCCCUCUCCGCUACCGGAGUUGCCAAAAGCACAUCUACCACACGACCCCGCAGGCAACUUCCGCCGCCGCUGCGGAUCGAGCACAGCAACUUCGACAAAACUCCUUCCGCGCUGCCCCGCAACUCAUCGGGAUCUACAGUUCAACGCUCCUCGCUGAAGUCCACCAGCUCCGGAAGUGGCGGUCGAACUUCAGAGCGAACCCUUCCUCCGAAUCCCAAACCCAAAACCGUCGAAAAACCCCCGGAGGAAGAAGACGACUACUGUUCAUCGAUAGCGGGCCACUUCUCCAACAUAACCUCCAGCACGGACUGCAACAUCAACGAGCGGGAAGUCGUCGCCCUGGAGCUGUACGAACCGCUUCACGCCGUCCCACGACAAAACGUCCUCUACAAAUCGGCGUCUCCGUACUACCAAGGCGGCAACGAAUCCAACGACUCCGAUUCGGAUAUCUACCAAAGGCGAUCUGGUCGCUACGGCUCUCUGUCCAAGCCGGACUCCGGCAUCCUCAAGGGAACUCCAUCGAUCAUCUCCGUCACCGAGAGCGAGUACUCCUCCCGGAAAGGUUCCCUCAGUACUCUCUCGCGGGACAUGGAGAUAAUCGACCGACUCGAACGCGAACGCAGCAUGGACAUCCAGGAGAUGAUCCAGCGGGAGAACUACGAGUACUACCUAUCGCGGCAGAACUCCAAGUUCAAGUUCUCCACCAACUUCGACGAUUACUUCGAAGAGGAGCCGCCGACGGUCCCUGCGCCUACCGGAGUUGGACCAAUCUCGCAGAAACCGCGUCCCGUUUCGCCGCACAUGGUCCGUAACGCGGCGAAUCGUCGGAGCAACUCUAGUUACGCCUCGGCCAAGCGGGACAGCGGCUACGAGACUUCGUUGCCACCGUCGCAACCGGUUGUCGGGAAGAACGGUGCGCCGCCCCUUCUCUACAGUGGACCACGGAGGUCGCUGGAGCUGGAGAGGCACCAACACCAUCAGCAGCAGCAGCGGUUCAAUAGGACGCACAGUGCGCACUCGGCGCGAGGAUCGACCAAGUCUAGGGAUCGGGUUAGCUUUCGGGAUAAUUUGUAAGAGGACCAACCAACAGAACGAGAUUGCGGUGCCAAAGAUUACGGGCGAGUUAGUUUACGGCUCAAAGGGACUAAUCAAUGCGACUACCGGAAUCGUAUUAGUGUAGAGGUUUGUUCAACAAAGGCAAGGGGUUUUAUAUUGGGAAAUCUAGGAGGAUUUAACGUUUUUGAAUCAAUAGCGAAUGUUCUGGUAAGGUAAUGUCAUAUCUUAAAAAGAAUGCCUGUGUCGAA